UCUGUGUCGAAAGACACGUCUCUUGUAUUCACUACUUGACUAUCUACUGCGUCUCUGCAUUGGCUCUGUCAUCUUGUCAAGACUACCAAACAGAGUCUCGGCUAGGAUUAACAGGUUCGUAGCCAGCACCACGGACAGGUUGCAGAGGCCGUCUUCGCUGGCCGGUACACAGGAGUGGACAUCUGCGACCCCCGUCAAGGUUCCUGCACGCAUCACUAGCGGAAGACAACAUGUCUCCAAGAAGUCAGGACGAUUUCGACUGUACUCUCUCUGCUUGGGUUCGGGCUCGGGCCGGGAAAUGCGCAAAACGAUAACGAGCCACGCCUCGCAAUCGCCCACUCGUGUCGCCGCGCAUUCCUGGGAUCCGAAAGAACAAAAGACAGAGAGAGACUGAG